AUGCAGGAUAAACUAAACUCACUCAUUUUGUGGUUUGAUAAAGUCAUCAAUCAAACAAUUAUACGUGACCUGGACAAGGCUAAUGCUAAUGUUGAAAAGCUUUGGACCCAAACAAGAGAAUUGAGAAUGGAAUUGUUAAGAAAGUUGGUACAUGAGAAGCUAAGACGUGAAAUUGAAGCAAAAGAAUUGGACGUUGGAGAGGAGGAAGAGGAUGAUGAUAAUUUUGAAGAGGAGGAGGUUAGAAAUGAAGAAUUGGAGUUGAGUGUAGGGGAGGUGAAUAAUGAAGAAGGUGAAGAAGAGGCUUUAAAUGGAGAAGUUGUGGAUGAAGAAAGAGGUUUUGAGAGUGAAGAUGAAUUGAGAAGAGGGGAAGAUAAAUCGGAGAAUGAAGAAGAGAGUGAGGGAAAUCAGGAGGAAUUGGUGGAAGAAGCUGAGGAUGGGGGAAUUGAAGAGAAAUUGAGGGAAGAAGAGAAAUCGAGGAAUAAGGAGAAGGAUCGUGGAAUUGAGGAGGGAUUGAAGGAAGAAUCGAAGAAUGAAGUAAAGGAAGAAAAAAUACGUGAGGGUAAUAAAAGACACGUUCAUAGAAAAAAGGUUAUAUUCGUACCUAAUCAUCAAAUCACCAGUCCUUCAACUUCAUCAAUAACACUUUCCUCUCAUAAUCUAUAUGAUGAUGUUCAACGCAGAAUUCGUCAAUUUGAACAAAUCCGUUACAGGAAAAAGAAUUUCUCAAAUAUUGAAAUGCAAAGAUUGAAUACUCUACAAGUAGGAGAAUUCUUGAUGAUGACCGUUUUAGGUCGAUGA